ACAAAUAAAAUAAAUAAAUAUUCUACUACUAAAAAUAUUGAUGAUAUUACUGAUCAAAUUAUAACUAAUAUCUCUAAAUCAAAGCCUGAAGAACGAGUAAUAGCCUUUUCAAAUAAUAAAAACUACCAAAAUACAGAAAGAAAAAUUAAUAUAGUUGAGGCUAUAUCAUCAAAAAAGCAAAACCAAAAUGAUAAUUUAAUUGAAAAACCAGAUUUACAAGCUGAAUUAUCUGGAUACAAUUCAUCUUUCUCUGCUUAUAGUAAAGUUAAUAUUGAACAAGCCCAAAUUCAACAAAAUUAUCAAGACUUUUUUAAUAACAAGAAACAAAAACUUGAUGAUGAUUUUAAUUAUACAGAAGAUGUUGAAUUAGAUGUUGGAGAGGAAGAACCUUAUGAACAAUUUGCACGUGAAAAUAGAAACAAUUCAUUAUAUCAAGGCUUGA